AUGCAGGGUAUGGGCCUGGCCUCGGAUGGAGGGGCAGGAGCCAAGCCCUCCCCAGAGAUGGAGUAUCUGUCUGGGGUGGUGGCUCGGGGGGUUGCGGUGGCGGUGGAGGGCACGGUGGAGCACGCCAUGUCGGCUGCCGUGCACACCGCCAUAGAAGACCAGAACAUUCACUUUGACGUCAAGGUGCCUGGAGUGGAGGCCAACCUGGGCACGCUGGUGGCGGUGACCGGCGUCAUCCUCUUCUGGCGGGGGGUCUGGAACAUGUGGGACACGGUGGUUGGCCUCUCGCUCACCAGCGACCUGCUGUCCAUGGGCAUCGGCUUGGGCACCAUGCUCUGCAUCCGCUACUUCCGGGUGCCCCUGGCGCGGACGUUCCCGGAGAUGUGA